CAGUGCCGGUUCAUCUCCACUAAUGGUGUGCAGAACAAGGGGGACUUAAAAAGAAAAACUUCUCCAACCAACAAAACAUUAACAUCAUUUGAAAACCAAACAAAAAACAACAAAAAAUCCUGCAUCAUGAGCUUUGACCCAUUCAUCUCCUCCUCCCUCUCACGGAGAAGGGAAGAUUCCCACUCCAGUACCACCACCUAUCGGCUCUCCCGGGGGCCCUUAUCUUCCUCCAGGAGGCCGAUGCGUUUGGAGCCUCUGCAGCGCUGGGAGCAGAGCGACCUGAUUCAGGCGAGUGUAGUGAACGCGGAGCUGUUGGAGUUGCGGGCCCAAGAACGAGAGCAGCUGGUGGGUCUAAACAACCGCUUUGCAUCCUACAUUGAGAAGGUGCGACACCUUGAGCAGCAAAACCGGGCUCUGCUCCUGCAGCUGGAGGCCCUACGGCGCAGGCAGAGUCAGCCGUCCCGCUUGCAGCAGCUCUACCUGCAGGAAGUACGGGGCCUCAGGGAGCAGCUGCACCAAGAGGCCCAGACUAAAGCUCGCAUGGAGGCGCAGAGGGAGACGUUGCGAGAGGCGCACGCACAGCUGCACGAGCGCUGGGAGGAAGAGGCACGCCGGCGUAGCCGGGCAGAGGCAGACCUGCAGCGGUUGCGAGAGGAGGCAGGCCAAAUUGCUCUGUGCAGCUGUGAUGCGGAGGCCAGCGUUGACUCCCUGGCACAGGAGAUGACCUUCCUGAAGCAAGUGUUUGCGGAGGAGCAGGAGGGGCUGAGGGUCCAGCUACAGGUUGCCAGCCUCAGCGUGGAGCUGGACACAAGCAGACCAGACCUGUCGGCCGCUCUGAGAGAGAUCCGAGCGCAGUAUGAGAGCCUGGCUGGACGUAACAUGCAAACCGCCGAGGCUUGGUUCCAGGGGAAGGUGGCGAGUGUAGUGGAGCUGACAGAUAAGCAGGAGGAGGCUGUGCGCUUGGUACGUGAGGAGACCUCUGAGUACCGACGGCUGCUGCAGUCCCGUUCAGCUGAGGUCGAAGCACUGAGGAACGUCAUCGAUUCACUGAAUGCACAACUAGGGGAACUUGAGGAGACGCAGAACACUGAGGUCACCAAGUACCAGGGGAAGAUAAGUGACCUAGAGAGGGACAUUGCUGAUGCGAAAGAGGAAAUGUCACGCUAUUUGCGGGAGUAUCAAGAUCUGCUUAACGUGAAGAUGGCUUUGGAUGUUGAGAUUGCAGCUUACAGGAAACUCCUGGAGGGAGAAGAAUUUCGAUUUACAUAUUCCACCUUCCCAGCCCUUGCCUAAUCCCCUAAAACACAAAAUCCCAAUAACUCACAUUCAUCAUAUUCGUAUUUGGAAUACCAUUGAGGGAGAGACCCACCUUAAGAUCCUAAAAUACUAAACUACAACAUCAUCCCCCCAGAUUCAAACAUUGAUAGGCAAAUAAACAUACUUUUUUCCCCAAAAAACUUGACUAACCAGGGUUGCGUUUCCCAAAAGCAUCAUAACCCUAACCAUAUCGUUGAACCAUUGCCACCAAUGGUCUCUACGAUAAACUUAGCUCACAAUGCUUUUGAGAAACACAGCCCUGGACCCAAAUUCACAUCCAUAACCAUUGUAUUUAUCUCCGAUCCUAGUUCUUUAGUUACCCAAAUUCCACCAUCUAACCAUGAAACAAAGCCUCAGCAUAUCAUUGCUUUAAAGUCAGACGAGCCCUUGUGUCACACAAGAGGUACACAUAAGGAGGUCCCCCUUCUUCUUUACACUCGAAAUGGAAAAAAUGACCACCUUGGAGACAUCGCUAGGGGCAGCACUCACUCAGCCAGAGCUCAGUGUCAUGUUGGCAGAUUCUCAUGGAGGACCAUAGAAGAACACUAUACUGUUCUGCAAAUAAAUCCAUUGUAAUGUCUUUAUGUUUGAUUCCCAGCACCCAUUGAGCAUCUGAUUAGGCAAUGAUCCCCAAUAUGCAAACUUUUAACCAAUUGUUUGUUGAGGUGAAUCGUUGUUCAAUCUCAGCUUGCUUUGGAUGCAAGGAAUAGACUAAAGCCAAUUUUGUUAAUUUGACAUUAGACCAAGAAUCAGCCAACAGGAGACUGUCCACCAUCCCUGGCUCUUUAGAUUAUAUGUAGUUAGUACAAGAGUUAUGUUUUAGUUAUGUUAGAAUGUGUUAUUUUUACUGAACGUUGUAGUAGCCUAACAUUUAGUUUACUAUCUGUCUGUGUUCUGCUUCUCAUAUGUUUGUUUUGUUGAGUUUAUUUGAUUAUUUUGCUUUAGCAGUUACAGUGAUUGACAUGAUAAAAGCAUGACUGAAAAAUCAAGAGUAGAAAUAAUAAGAGCUCUAAAACUGGAGUUUUUAGACUCGUGGUUAAAAUACAGCUAUGCUCUCAUCUGCUUUUGUUGUGUCAUCUAAGUUAUAAUGUAAGUCAAUUAUCAGUAAUUUGGAAAUGAACAAGAAACCGAGUCUGUUCAUCUUGACAGUCUCUGAACUGAAUGGUGCUGUAUGUUUGUACCUGAAUACAUGCUGAAUAAAGCAACAGUACCUCUUC